CAAGAUCUGAGACAGCUACCAGAAUGUUUGCAAAACACAUACAACGUUUACUCUGCUGUCUGAUAUUCAUAAAUGGAAUAUCCUUUGCGGUUAAAGAUGUUUAUGAAGAAAUGAUUCAGAAGUUCAAACUAUUCAGUGAUAAAGAAGACGGCAUCUCUUCUAAGUCGGUAAAGAAAAUGAUGGAAGGCUGCGGCAUUCUGUCUAAGCAACGCGACAGUAUUGACUUGGACAUUGUUUACAGUAAACUUAAAGGGAAAAAAAAAGAAAACUUGCCGUUGAACAAGGGUACAGUCAGAGCGCUCGUACUUGAAUUAGGCAAGGCAUGGGCGAAAUAUGAUAAAAACUCUGUGGAUGAAGAAGUGAAGAUGAUCAUUGAAAAAAUUUUUGAUUGUAACGGACCGAAAACAGAAAAGAAGAAAAAAAUGACGACAGGCACGGGAAACAAAAAGGAAAGUUUUGACGAAGUGGGGAAAGGCAAAGAAGUAAAAGGGCGAAAAUACCUUCCUAAAAAUAAAGGUUACGCCGGACAAUAUAAGGACAAAGGCUCUUAUUAAUAAAACUGUCCGUUAUUGUAACUUCUAAUGAUGUUUUGUUUGACUUCAUCUAAAAUUCACUUAUUGGACGAAAAAUGUGUAUAUAGACAUACCACAGCAGGAUACCAUGUCUGUUUCAGAACAUACACUGGUGUUUAAAAUUGAAAACAAAACUCUACAAACUUUCUUUUAUGCCAUUCGAAAUGUGUACAACAAAAUAGUUCAUUAUUGAUGGACAUUAUUAAAGGUAUUAAUUGAUUAAAUUGAUGGAAAUUAUUGAUAUUAUUUAUGGACACUACUGAUGCAGGGUGGCCACCGACUCUGGAAAACAGGGAAAACAGGGAAAAAGGCUUAAAAAAAUUCCCUCCAUGGAAAAUUCAGGGAAUUUGAAAAUUUUGAAAAUAUCAGGGAAUUAUCAGGGAAUUUUUCAAAAAUUGAAAUAAAAAAUUGUAUAAUUAUGUCAUGGCUACUGGUGGUUUCUUUUCAUAAUAGUUACAUUUAUUUUAUAUACCGUAAUACAGAAUACUAUACUUAGCAAAUACACUCACUGUUUGAUGAUUCUAAAACUGUUAUUCAUCAACUAUAAGAGAUAUGUUUUUGUUUCUAAAAUGGAGAGAAGUUAAAAUGGAAUUGAGCAACCAUUGCCCCAGAGCUCAAAUACUAAUACAUUGUACAUUGUACUUUGAAAGCAAGCAGAAGUUGUUACACAACUAAAGACUAAAAUGAAUUGUCAGUACAUUACUGACAUUAACAAAAUGUAUACCAACAUUUGAAUCGUGAAUUAGAAGCACCUGUGUAUUGAUAGAAGUUGCUUGUUAGACUUUUGCUAGUUAUUAACAAACAUUAGCAUUGGUCUUGAAUAGCAUAGUUAUGAAAUGUAUUUUUAAAAACCGUAAGAUUAGCAACU